AUGAAGAUAAUUAUAUACAUUUGCAUUUGGGCAGUUGCUUGGGCAAUUCCAGUUCCUCAAAUCAAACCAGUGGAGAGAUAUGCUGUUGAAAAAUCUGAAAAUUUAACUUAUUUAGCAAAUGCAAGAGCACAGAAUGAGUUGAAUAUCACUACUAAAGAAUGGAGUCACCCACCAAACGAAACUGAAAUAGGAAGGCAACUAUAUAUCAAAGAUAGUUACAAAGGAGAAGGGAAUGUUUCUGAGUGGGUAGAAAUAGGAGGGAAGAAUUAUUCUACACAGUCUAAUUUAGCAAAUGAGGAGGGGGAUAUUGAGAAUGAAAAUGGGGACACAAGAGAUCCAGAAACGUAUGGUCUUGAUACAAUUCAUGAAAAAGAAGAUAAUGGCACAGCAAAUGGUACCAAACGGCAAGGGCUCGUCUCUGAAAAUGUUGGAGAAGCAAGUGAGAGUCAUGUAAAUGGACAUGGUUGUCACAAUACAAUAAACAAGGAUUCUGGAGAUAAAAAUCAGAAUACGAAUGACACUGUUUUACAAGAAAAUGAUCCUCAAGUAGUAGGAAAUAAUAAUAGUACCAACAAUGAGGAUGAAAUAAAUGGGAAUAAGGGUGACACAGGUGAAAGAGCCCCUGAGAAAGGAGAGAAAAAUGGGCAUAGGGAGACUGAGGUAACUCCAAGCGCUGGGGACAACACUGGCUGGGAUAACUCAGAUGGAAGUCCUAGUGGAAAUGGAGCAGAUGAGGAUGAAGACAAGGGCUCUGGUGAUGAUGAAGGUGGAGAAGCAGGGAAUGGAAAGGAAGGCAGUGAUAACAGCAAGGGUCAAGAAGGCCGGGAGGGCCAGUCUCAUGAGAAAAAAGACAAUUAUGGAGGUCAAAAUUCAGUUAGUAAUGAAGAUAAUGACUCUGAAGACAAAGAAGGUCCCCAUAACAACAAUGGUGGAGAUUGCACCUCUAGCAGUGAGGAGAGUUGUGGCAGUGUUGCAGGUGGCAAUGGCAGUCACAUAAUAGAGGAAACCCAGAAGACCACCACCAGACACAGUAAUGCUGCAGACAGUGGAAUUGCCAAGCAGUCACAACCAAGUCCUACUGGAAAGAGCCAAGAUAAGAGAAUAGAAAUUGAUGGUCUCAGCAAUGUCAACAAAGGUAAUAUCACCAAAGGAGCUGGGAAACUCAGUGAGGGCAAAUCGAGCCAUGGGCAACAUGGAAUAGUCACAGGCAGGGGAAAUGUCAAAAUACAAGGUGAGGCAGGUAACCAACCAGGGCCUGGCCAGAAAUCAGAGCCUGGAAGUAAAGUGGGACACAGCAAAACUGGCAGUGGUAGCAAUAGUGAUAGAUAUGACAGUUAUGACUUUGAUGAUGAAUCUAUGCAAGGAGAUGACCCAAAUAGCAGUGACGAGUCUAAUGGAAGUGAUGAUACUAAUUCAGAAGGUGACAAUGAUAGCAGCAGCCGAGGAGAUUCUACUUACAACUCUGAUGAAUCAAAAGAUAAUGGUGAUGGAAGUGACUCAGAUGGAGAGGAUGAUGACAGUGAUAACACUUCAGACACUGAUGAUAGUGACAGCAAUGGCAAUGGCAACAGUGAGAGUGAUGACCAGGAUGAUGACAGCAGCAACAGCAGUGAUAGCAGUGACAGCAGUGAUAGCAGUAACAGCAGUGACAGCAGUGACAGCAGUGAUAGCAGUGACAGCAGUGACAGCAGUGACAGCAGCGACAGCAGCGACAGCAGUGACAGCAGUGAUAGUAGUGACAGCAACGAUAGUAGUGACAGCAGCAACAGCAGUGACAGCAGUGACAGCAGUGAUAGUAGUGACAGCAGCAACAGCAGUGACAGCAGUGACAGCAGUGACAGCAGUGAUAGCAGCGACAGCAGUGAUAGCAGUGACAGUAGUGACAGCAGUGAUAGCAGUGACAGCAGUGACAGCAGUGAUAGUAGUGACAGCAGUGAUAGCAGUGACAGCAGUGACAGCAGUGACAGCAGUGAUAGUAGUGACAGCAAUGACAGCAGUGACAGCAGUGACAGCAGUGAUAGUAGUGACAGCAGUGAUAGCAGUGACAGCAGUGAUAGUAGUGACAGCAGUGAUAGUAGUGAUAGUAGUGACAGCAGUGAUAGCAGUGACAGCAGUGAUAGUAGCAACAGCAGCGAUAGUAGCGAUAGCAGUGACAGCAGUGACAGUGGUGACAGCAGUGACAGCAGUGACAGCAGUGACAGCAGCAACAGCAGUGACAGCAGUGACAGCAGUGAUAGCAGCGACAGCAGUGACAGUAGUGACAGCAGUGACAGCAGUGAUAGCAGUGACAGCAGCGAUAGCAGUGACAGCAGUGAUAGCAGUGACAGCAGCGAUAGUAGUGACAGUGGUGACAGCAGUGACAGCAGUGAUAGCAGUGACAGCAGUGAUAGCAGUGACAGCAGUGACAGUAGUGACAGCAGUGACAGCAGUGACAGCAGUGAUAGCAGUGACAGCAGUGACAGCAGUGACAGUAGUGACAGCAGUGAUAGCAGUGACAGCAGUGAUAGCAGCGACAGCAGCAAUAGUAGUGACAGCAGUGACAGUAGUGACAGCAGUGACAGCAGUGAUAGCAGUGACAGCAGUGACAGCAGUGACAGCAGUGAUAGUAGUGACAGUGGUGACAGCAGUGACAGCAGUGAUAGCAGUGACAGCAGUGACAGUAGUGACAGCAGUGAUAGCAGUGACAGCAGUGACAGUGGUGACAGCAGUGACAGCAGUGACAGUGGUGACAGCAAAGAUAGUGAAAGUGGGGAGAGCACAUCUGACAGCAGUGAUGAGAGUGACAGCCAGAGCAAAUCUGGAAAUGGUCACAAUGGAAGUGAGAGUGACAGUGACAGUGAAAGUGAAGGUAGUGACAGUAACCAUUCAACCAGUGAUGACUAG